CGGGCGACGGCGCGGGCGACGCCGGCCCGCGCGGCGGGCCGCCCGCGGUGCAGUGGGGCAAGUACGGCAUCAUCAAGGAGGACCAGAUGUACGAGAAGCAGGAGGAGUUCCUGGCGUGGCUAUCUGAGGUCAAGGGCGUGCCGCAGGAGGCGUGCUCGCAGCGCGACCUCAAGGAGCACUUCUCGACCUACGUGGAGGACUUCAACACGGCGACGCUGCCCGACGAGAAGUACUACAACCUGCGCACGUGGUACCUCAAGGAGCAGGCGCGAAAGGCGCGCGAGGGCGCCGACGCACAGGCGAGCGCCGCCGCCACGUUCGAGCGGACGACGUUCGACGACGAGGCGGCGCGCAAGGCGGAGCUCGCGAGGGAGCGCGCCAAGCGGUCCGAGGCGACGACCGCGCUGAUGGCAAAGGCGAUGGGAGAGAGCAAGGGCAGCUCGGCGCUCAUGGAGGACAUGCGGCAGCAGGAGGAGGCGCGCAGGCUCAUGCAGGUUGCAUACAAGACGGGCGACGAGUCCAAGGCGCGCGAGAUGGCGCUGCGCCUCGACCCCAACCACGUCACUGAGGAGCAGAUGCGCGCCACCUGGGGAUCGGGCGCGGGGCCGCAGCGCAAGGCGCGCAAGCCGCAGAAAUCGUGAGCGCACGGGUCCGC